AGUAUCUUCAAAAUAGAAUUAGGAAAUUAGGGGUAAAGUCUUUUACCAUUUCUCUUCUGCAUAAGUCGAUAGCACAACCCUAUGCUAUAAUAGCUACCGGCGACAACUGCAAUCCAGCAAUCUAUGACAACUAGGGAGAACGGCGACAACCUAGGUGACGGCGGCGACGACGGCUCCUUCCUCGGAUACAGGCAAGCCCUAAUCUUCUCGUGGUCCAGCCCAUCUCCGGCCUAAAGCUCCGGCAUCUUCGCGCCUAACUCUCACUCCGACCGUUCGAUCGCUGCCCUCCACCCAUCUCCGGCGUAAAGCUCUUCUCGCUGCCGUGUUCCUGCUUCUCUAUCUUCUUCACAGUGAUAGCCACAAGACUUUGGGUUGUACAAAAUGGAAAUCCAAUUGAGAGAAAUAAUUGGUUCCCUGACAUUGAGCCAUUGUUCAAGCUUCUUGGCUAUGAGAAUGUGCCUCCUUAUCUGAAGGGUGCUCUGCGGAAUGCGAUAGUAACUUUUAUUCCUGUCUCUCCAGUCCUGAAGGAUACAAUUUGGAGCUAUCUUGAGCGGUAUGAUCUACCUGUGGUUGUUGGUUCUCAUGUUGGGAAUGGUGCACAGCCCAUGUCAACACAGGUGUAUGAUAUGCAAGGAGAGAACAAUAUCCCUCAACUAUAUCUUUCAUUAACCUAUUAAAUGAGCUCAUUGCUGAAGAAAGAGAUGUAAGCGACAGAGGGCGUAGGUACUGGCCACCCACCUAUUUAAUCUCAUUGGAACUUCUUCCUCAGUCUGUUCACCCUGUUGUUGCUAUGGUCGAUUGUUUUUGCAGAUUUAUUGGCAUUUUCAAGUUCAUAUAUGAUUAUGUCUUUUGGAGUUAUGUAUUUGAUAAGAUUCAGAAAGAGUUGAUCGAUGAGUUGCAUGAAGUUACCGAAACUUUGAGAUGGCUUUCAUUAGGUCCGACUCGAUUGGCAAUUAAGCACGAUGUGUUUAUAAGUAAUGGUUGUAGGUUCAAAACUAAAGCUCGUGAUGAUGUUAGGGUCACCCAAACUAGUGGUGUAAGUAUUGUAGCUCAAACCUUGCAAGUCUCUAGUGCACGUGACAAGAACCCUAUAUAUGGUGAGAUGAAAUUUUAUGGUGUCAUUCAAGAAAUAUGGGAGCUUGAUUAUCAUGAAUUUAGGAUGCCGAUGUUCAAGUGUGAUUGGGUAGACAACAAAAAUGGUGUGGAGAAAGAAAAGUUAGGUUUCAUUAAAGUUUAUUUGAAUAAAAUAGGACAUAAAAAAGACUCAUUUAUAAUGGCAAGUCAAGCUAAACAAGUGUUUUAUGUUGAGGAUCCUACUUCAUCAAGAUGGUCAAUAGUGCUUGCUUCACAACCAAGAGACAAAGUGCAUGAUGACGAUCAACAACAUGACUUUGAUGAAUUACAAACUUCAGAAAAAGAGUGUUGUUUAAUGCCAUACCAUUUCUUACGUCACUGGAUGUUAGUGAUCAUUGAUCCAGAUGACCAUACAUGUUACUAUCUUGAUCCACUUAGAAAAUCUCCUCCAAAUGAUUUGAAGAACCUUAUGAACAAUGUCUCUUCACACAUUAAGCGAAAGACAGGAAGGAAUGAAAAAAAUUACAAGUGGAAAAUAGUCAAUUGCCCUCGUCAAACAUCGUCAGUAGAAUGCGGCUUUUAUAUCAUAAGGAUGAUGAAGGACUAUUGCUUGAAUGAGACACCAAUGCGAUGGCUACCUAGUAAUUGUGGUGGAAGGAAUAUAUAUACACUUGGCGAAAUUAAUGAAACUCGAAAUGAAUGGGCAGCCAAGCUUCUUGAGCGGAUGAGUCAUAGCUAGAGUAACUUUUGAAAUCAGAAUUAAAAAAUAUACUAAUUGUAGUAUUUAGUUAGUACUUACAUAGUUAUUCCAAGUGUAUAUUUUGAUAUUGUAAUUUUUAGAUUUGGAACA